GCACUCCAAUUACACGAGCCGGUAAAGGAGGUCUCAGGGGAAAAAGUAACCGGCAUCGUUGAGCCAAGAAGAACGCCCUCCGUCUCGUCUCCAAUUUGCUACUACUUGCAGCGCAGCACAGCUCCCAGUCGCCAGCAUCCACACACCACAAGCCAAGCGCAGACAAAACACCAUGCUUCCUGCAUUCCUCCUGCUUCUCCUUCUGCUCCCGCCGCUGCUCUCCGUCCACCACGCCAAUGCCGGUUCGCUGGACACCGAUGUGGCCGCGCUCUCCGCCUUCCGCCUCGCCGCCGACAGGUCCAACGCGCUAGCAACCUGGAAUAACCUCUCCUCGAACCCAUGCGCCGGUACUUCUCCGCAGCCAUGGCGCGGGGUCACCUGCGCGGGCGGGCGGGUGACGCGGCUGGUCCUCGAAGGCCUCUCCCUCUCCGGCUCCGGCGCGCUCCCGGCGCUCGCCAACCUCGACGGGCUCCGCGUGCUCAGCCUCAAGGGGAACGCGCUCUCGGGCCCCAUCCCGGACCUGUCCCCGCUCGUGGGGCUCAAGCUGCUCUUCCUCUCCCGCAACGCGCUCUCCGGCCCCGUCCCGCCCGAGCUCGGCAAGCUCUACCGCCUCCUCCGCCUCGACCUCUCCUCCAACAACCUCUCCGGCGCCGUCCCGCCGGAGAUCAACCGCCUCGACCGCCUCCUCACGCUGCGGCUCGACUCCAACCGCCUCUCCGGCCCCGUCGACGCCAUCGCGCUCCCGCGGCUGCAGGACUUCAAUGUCUCGGGUAAUCUGUUUUCUGGGAGAAUUCCGGCCGCCAUGGCGGGGUUCCCGGCCGAGGUUUUCGCCGGGAAUGCCGACCUCUGCGGGGCGCCGCUGGCGCCGUGCAAGGAGGAGGCGGCGUCUUCCUGCCCGCCGGGUGCCGCGGCAGCCAUGGCGGCGACGAAGCCGGCCGCGGAAGGGGGUGGUGGCAAAGGGAAGAUGAGCCGCGCGGCCGUGGUGGCGAUCGUGGCGGGGGACUUCGCCGUGGUCGGGCUCGUCGCCGGGCUGCUGUUCUGCUACUUCUGGCCGCGGCUCUCCGGGCGGCGCAGCGACCGGCGGCACCGGGAAGGGGAGAAGAUCGUGUACUCGUCCAGCCCGUACGGCGCGGCCGGGGUCGUCGCGGCCGCGGCGGCGGGGGCGGCGCCGGAGCGGGGGAAGAUGGUGUUCCUGGACGACCUGUCCGGCAUCGGGCGGCGGUUCGAGCUCGAGGAGCUGCUGCGCGCGUCGGCGGAGAUGCUGGGCAAAGGCGGCUCCGGCACCGCGUACAAGGCCGUGCUCGACGACGGCAGCGUCGUGGCCGUGAAGCGCCUCCGCGACAAUCCAACGCCGGUGGCUGCUUCGUCGUCUUCCUCGUCCUCGAAGAAGGAGUUCGAGCACCACAUGACCGUGCUGGGGCGUCUCCGGCACCCGAACGUGGUGCCGCUCAACGCCUACUACUACGCGCGCGACGAGAAGCUGCUGGUGUACGAGUACAUGCCCAACGGCAGCCUCUUCUCCCUCCUCCACGGCAACCGCGGCGGGCCGGGGCGGACGCCGCUGGACUGGGCGGCGCGCCUCCGGAUCGCGUCCGGCGCGGCUCGCGGCCUGGCAUUCAUCCACCACGGAACCCGCCGCGGCCGCAGCGGCACGGCGGGCAGCAAGCUCGAGGCGCACGGGAACGUCAAGAGCACCAACGUCCUGCUCGACAGGGCCGGCGAGGCGCGGCUGGCGGACUGCGGGCUGGCGCAGCUGGGCUGCUGCUCGGCCAUGUCGGGGUACCGGGCGCCCGAGGCGCCGGCGCCGGCUUCGGCAUCCAGGCCAUGGGCGACGCAGAAGGGGGACGUGUACGCGCUGGGGGUGGUGCUGUUAGAGCUCUUGACGGGACGGUGCCCGGCAAUGGCCGCGGGGGAAGGGGAGGAGGCGCUGCCGCGGUGGGUGCAGUCGGUGGUGAGGGAGGAGUGGACGUCGGAGGUGUUCGAUCUCGAGCUGAUGAAGGACAAAGGGAUCGAGGAGGAGAUGGUGGCCAUGCUGCAGCUUGCGCUGAGCUGCGCCGCCACCGCGCCGGAGCAGCGGCCCAAGGCCGCGUACGUGGUAAAAAUGGUGGACGAGAUCCGCGCGUGCAGGGAGGAGCCUUCUUCAGGGCGGGGGGAGCUCUCGUCGUCGUCGUCCAUGGACGAGUCCUCCGCCGUCUCCGACUCGCCCGCCGUCUCCGAAGGCGGCGGCGGCCCCGCCGUCAGCCAGUGAUGACGACGAUUAGUGUAAAAUUGAAAAUUUGCCUCGUGAGAGUGGAAGGAAGAUGCUUUGGGGAAUUUUGUUUUUUGUUUCUUUUGGACGAUUUUUAGAUGUGGUCCGUUGGAUUGGAUCUGACUGCUCUCUUUUUUUUUUGGCUGAUGAUGUGUUUGUGUACGUACAUGGAUGACGACGGAGAUGAUGAUUAGAAUAGCUGCCGGAUUGUGUGAUGAUCAUUCGUGGUUUGUCUUUUGAGAUCAUUAGGAGUACUACAUUGUUACUGCAUGUUCUACCAAAAAUGUAGGUUUCAUUG